ACGACCGAGUGUCACUUGAACUGUACAGCAGUACUAUUUUAGUGGUCCCGAGCCGCUGAGAGUCGUUGCAGUAGCCUUACACCGGUUCUCUGUCAUGUCGGAGAGAGCAGCGCAGUGAGCACACACAGCCGCCGGUGUCGAGCCCCUCCUUUCUCGGCUAGAUAAACGUUCCGUUACCCGUGCCCACGCAUUAUUUAAUGAAUUUAUUUCGAAGUGGAAACACAAAACUCCACUUUGACGUUCAUAGUAUAUGGUUUCGUUAUUCUCCGCCAUGUCAGUCAGCCUCCAUCGUGCCGAGCUAGCCUUAGCUAGCACCACUAGCAUCAAUAUUUGCCGAACGAGCGCCACCACGGCACGUAGCUCGCGCCGUUCGGUAGCUAACACUAAUGUGUUACGUUCGUCGUUUCCAUGGUGUUCGUGACUUCUGGAGUCACUCGCUCUUCAUCGGUCACUCUAUUCGUGGCAUCGACGAGAAAGGCGAGCUUUUAAUCGGUGCACCGUCUCCCAGACGGGCUAACGGAGGUUUAAUGGGUGUUUUGGUGAGGUUUAGCGACGCUGCGUGUGAAAGGCCUAGCAGCCGUCUGUUAGCCAACGUGAGCCAGUGUGUCGGAGCAGGUGGGAGGGAACAGCUGUUGUUGUAAACGUGCUUCCGACUAGGACACAUCCUCUGUCGGGGGUCUGAACUAACGUUAGUAACGUGCACUUGGUAACUUUAGCAGAAGUUGCUCCAUUUGAACAUAAUAAAAACAGAAGUAAAUAUCUGCCCAGUGUUUUCUGACGUUUGUUAAAAAUUAAACAUUUCAACGUCCCUAUAAUGUGCUAUCACCAAGGGCCAACAUCAAGCCUUUAUGGCAUCUUGUGUGUGUAAUUUCCUCAUGAUAUCCAGUGUUAGAUCUAAUAUUCAGGGCUGAGACAUUUAACGCUAGUUAUUUCAGACUGCCCCCACUGAGUUUGGUUACUUAAUGUAUAAAACAAUCUGCUAUUCAGUAGCUGGCACGUUAGUGUACUCUCGCAGUGUAUGAUAUCACUGAGAGUGUUGAUAACAAAACUGUCUCCUUCAAUACAAUAAUAUCAUCAGACUUAAUAUUACAUUAUGACUGUCAAAAGGGGAUAGUACUAGAUUGGUGUGAAGUUGGCUAAUUCAAAUAUUGCAAUGUAUUUAUUUGACUGCACCUUUUGAGUGAUUUGUGAUAAAUAGUAAUAUUAUGGCUAUUGCAUUGAUUGGUUGUAAUCUAAUUGUACUGAAAUGUUAUCCAAAUGAGUUGUGAGACACACAUACACAUGUAAAGCCACAUUAGAAAUUAAAAACACAGCACCUUGAAUUUAAUCUGUAUUUUCAGCAGUUGUAUACUUCUGUGUUUCUGCCCCUCGUACAGCAAUGAACAAUGACCAUAGUUGACAGAUCUUCAGAAAAGUCUGACCACGAGUCAGUCGGGUGUAAGCGAUCUCCCUUCACCAGUGGAGACGUGGGGAUGGACGGUAGCUGCUCCAGCAGCUGGGCCAUGGGUCCCACCAUGCCCAGCGACUCUCCGAGGCUGAAGGCUGCAGGAGGCUGCCUGGGUCCAACGCCUGGAGCUGCAGUCUACAACAGCACACCCUCCUCUGGGGACCGGCCCAAGGAGCAAGUGAUGAGCAGUGGUGAUGGCAUUGACUCGCCCCAGAAGGUCCUCUUUCCUCCAGAGCGGCUCAACCUAAAGUGGACACAGGUUCACCGCAUUGGCGCGGGCCUGCAGAACAUGGGGAACACCUGCUUUCUCAACUCGGCCCUGCAGUGUCUCACCUACACCCCUCCGUUCGCCAACUAUUUGCUGACACGGGAGCACUCCAAAACAUGUCACGAGCCGGGGUUCUGUAUGAUGUGCACCAUGCAAAACCACAUCAUUCAGGUCUUUGCAAACUCUGGAAAUGUCAUCAAGCCCAUUGGUGUGCUCAAUGAGCUCAAAAGGAUUGCUAAGCACUUCCGCUAUGGAAGCCAGGAGGAUGCCCAUGAGUUCCUGCGGUACACAGUGGAUGCUAUGCAAAAGUCCUGCUUAACUGGAACCAAAUUGGACAGGCAAACGCAGGCAACCACUUUCAUCCAUCAAGUAUUUGGCGGGCACCUACGAUCCAGAGUUAAAUGUUUAAACUGCAAAGCCGUCUCGGAUACAUUUGACCCUUUUCUAGAUAUAACUCUGGAAAUUAAGACAGCUCCCAGUAUCUCCAAGGCUCUGGAGCAGUUUGUCAAGCCAGAACAGCUUGAUGGAGAAAAUGCCUACAAAUGCACCAAGUGCAAAAAAAUGGUCACGGCCUCAAAGAGAUUUACAAUCCACCGCAGUUCAAAUGUGCUCACCCUGUCACUCAAACGCUUCGCAAACUUCAGUGGAGGCAAAAUCGCAAAGGAUGUGAAAUAUCCAGAGUACCUGGACCUGCGGCCCUUCAUGUCUCAGUCUCAAGGGGAGGCCCAGGUCUACGGGCUGUAUGCGGUGCUGGUCCACUCUGGAUUCAGCUGUCAUGCUGGGCACUACUUCUGCUAUAUUAAGGCGAGCAAUGGGCAGUGGUAUCAGACGAACGACUCCUCUGUGUCCGUCAGUGACAUCAGGUCUGUCCUCAACCAACAGGCCUAUGUCCUUUUCUACAUCAAGUCCAGUGAUGUGAAGAAAGCAGGGGACUACAGCCACAUGAGCCAUAACCCAGGCAUCCCGGGUCAGUCAUCUCCACGACCGGUGGUGAUUCCACGCAUCAACACCACCGUCCACCACAACAACAACAACAUUGGCUUCAUAGGUCCACAGCUGCCUCCACACAUGACCAAGCGCAAUCUCCACGUUAAUGGGAAUGGAUCUCUAAGGGACUAUCCCACCAACUCCAAGCCCAGCACCAGCAGCAGUGUUGUGGGAAAACCUAGCCAUGGACUGGCCUCUUCCUCCUCUUCCAUCUCCCACUCAAUCAGCAGGCCCACUAUGAUCCCAGACCACGACAAGCGCCAGAAGCUUUCCUUCUUCAUUGGACAGGGCAAACAUAACCGCCCGUCCUCCUCCUCGUCCUCUUACAGCCAGCCGUCCUCUGCCAGCAGCAGCUGCUCCUCCUCCUCCUCCAGCUCUAGCUCUUUAUCCUCCUCACAGUCUACCUCAGACGUUCGCUUUGUUCCACGUCAGCUUAACCACGGUAACGGCAUGUCUUGCAAUAAUGGGGAUCACCACACGGGAGGGAACGGAGCGUCGUUCUUGGUGCCGUACGGCCAAGAGUCGUCAGAGGAAUCGGACCAGGAGAACUGUGGCACUUUGGAGAAGGCCGGUUUGGCCAACUGUCACCUUAACGGAAACAAGAGAACGGGAGACGUCUUUGAACAUUCCACUCAAACCACCAACGGACAGUCGGGAGUGCACCACAAGGGCAACGGAUUAAAUAUACCAACCAAUGGUGUCUCUGGAUCCAGUCAAAAUGGGCACCAUUAUGAACACCACAAAGUGAACGGACACAGCACCCCUGAUAAAGUCCCUGGCAGUAAUCAUGGAAGUUCAUCCUCUGUGACUACUGUUGCUGCUAAUGGACUAGACAGUGGCCAUAGUCAAACAGGCAAAGAGGCACAACAUUCUGCCUCAUGCCAGGCCAGUUCUUCUCAGAGCAUCCAUCCUGCUGCCAGUGAAAGCCAGCACCUCUCCACUCCUGACAUGAGGGCUACAAAUGUGUCUGAACCCCUCCCUCAGCAUACAGCAUCCUCCGCUGUUAGCUCUCCACCCUCGGCUACUGCAACAAGCACCCAUUCUGUCUCAUCUAAAGAAUCGGCUUCCUCUUCUGCUCUUCAUUGCAACCCUACGGCCUUAUCCAUCCCGCCAGACUGCUCCCAGAAAACCAAUGGGGCCACUGCAGCUCCGCAGAAAGUUAGCAGAGGUGGGGAGGAGGCAGGAGAUCUACCACAGACCAGUGAUCUGUCAGCAGGAACUGAAGGACGCACAGAUUCAAAGGAGCAACACCAGUCCAAGCCCAGUUCUAGGGGCAAUGAAGUACCAACUUACCGGGACAGGGAGAGAGACAGACUGUACUCUGACUGGGGCAGAGACAGAGAGAGACACUACAGGGACAGGAGCCAGGAGCGAGAAAGUGUCGGCGAUCGGCAUCGUUACAGACGGGACUCCAGAGAUCCCCAACACCAUCAGCGCCCGUACAAGGAUCGCAGUCCCCCUCACAAUCGUUCCUCCAGGGACUGGGAGUCGGAGCAUCGCUGUGAGCGGACCCUCCACCACCCAAGGGAGCGUGAUCGUGACAGGUGCUCGAACCAUUACCACCACUAUCACAACCGCCGCUACAGAGAGGACUCGGACCGCGAGCGGAGGGGACAAGGUUAUCCCUACAGCGAAAAGUCUCACAGUCGAGGGAGGUGGCAGCCAGACAGUCGAGAAUCACGGGUGAUAAGGGACAAGAGCAAUGGCAGGGAGAGGGACUAUUGUCCGUCAAAAGAAGAGAAUUCCUCGCCCGCCACAGAGCCAGAAACAAAGUCCAAAGGCUCGCCGCCUCAGGCUCGGCUCUCCACGUUUGAAUCGGCUCUAAACCGGGAGGAUCAGAAUCACAAAAGGAUGGCUGAUCCUCUGAGCAAGGAGAGGGACGACAGCUCUGAGGCCCGGCGCUCGAGAAAACACAAAAAGAGCAAGAAAAAGAAGAAGUCAAAGGAUAAAGACAGGCACCGUGAGAGCGGAAGCUCCGAGGUGGAUUCAGACAGAGCCGCUGAAACAAAGAAGAAGAAGAAGAAGAAAAAGAAGAGGCCGCGGGACAGCGAGCAGCACAGCCCAGAAGCAGCUCGGAACCACAAGAGUAGAAGCAGCGAGGAGGAGGAGAGCCGCAAGCGACGAUACGACGACGUCAAGGAGGCUAAACAGGACCAGGCUUUUUUGCCAGAAAAACGCAGGUGCACGGACUACAAUGAUGGCAUCAGUGAACAUCUACUCUCCUCCAACCACGCAUCACCCACAAACGGUUCAAGUCACCACCAUCUCAACGGAUACAAAGGAAAUGGUUACAGCCAAACCAAUGGCGACUGCCACGCAUUCUCCAGUGGCUUGAAACACUGACUCUGUGAGUGGGCGCCCUUUCAAUGAUUAUCACAGUUUGCUCCGGCACAAUCAGUGCUGAUAAACAGUAGGAACUCUCAUCACAGGUGCAAAUAUUUCAGCUCCUCGCUAUGCAAACCGAUUGUAUGGAGGCCUCUUCUUUCUCAUUUCAGACACAUCGACACCAUUUUAACAACAGCAGAGGAAUGACAUCAACGACUUUUUUUCUUUUUGACGUGGCGCUUCUUCGUUGGGAGCAUAUUGUAUUUUUACCACAACGGAAGUGUUUUAAACUGGUCAGAAAUCUUUUUUUUAAGGCAGAUAGAUUCAUCUGCCGUAAUUCUCCGAACUAUUGAAAAACAAAAAACUGUCACCCGAUAAACAUUUAAGAUGAAAAAUAUUAAUAUAUACUUAUAUGAACACAAACAAAGCCUGGAGCUUAAACAUGUCAACUGCUGCUCAGUGGAACUCAGGACUUGAAAACUUGUUAACAUCCAUCGUGGGUAUCCGCCGGCAUCAAACACGAAUGGAACUAAGGGGAAACCGUGAGGCAGCGUGCUCCCCACUGGGAGCGGACAGACUAACGGAGGGCGAUGUUAACGAAUGAGACGGAGGAGUGACUGAUACCUCCACAUUAACCCUGGACAGAACUUGAGGACAUUUCCCAGCUUUUUGUUUUUAAUUUGGUUUCCAUUGUUGCUCUGAAGCCUAAGAUUCACCCUGUCAUUUUUUAAAACUUUUUCACAGAUACAGAGGGCCUUUUUUCUUCUGGAUCAUGCCUCUCUCUCAUUCUCUUUAUUUUAUUUUUAAACAUUUAAAACAAACAAAAAAAAAAAAGCAUCAAAUAUCUGUUAUUACAGCUGUGGACCAUUUGAGUUUGCUUUUUAAUGAAAAAUACAGUUUGUGUCUUCUAGCGUCAUAAAAAUACUGUGAAUUUAAUUUUGAACUGUACUAUCAGUUAUUUUUAUACGUAAAAAUCCUGUAUCAGGGUUAUCAGUAGAUGUUUUGUUGCUUCGUUUUUUUUCAACUUUAGACAGAAGUUGAAAAACUUCUGUUAUUCCUUUUUAGUUUAGCAUGUCAGAAUUUAUACAUUGUAUAAGGUCAAAGCCUUAAAAUACAUUUGUUCAUGUCAGAAAUUGUAAUUUGUUGGUCUUUGACUUUGUUUACACGCUGCGUUGAAAUGAAUGAAACAUGCUGAUUGAGAUGACUCACCAGUUGUCAGAGAUUUUUGAAAAGCUCCGGUCUGCCUUUUGUAUGAUAUGUUAGGAAUAGACCGAUUGUAUCCGAGCUUCUUGUACAUCAAACUUUCCACGGUAGUUAAAUUAUGAUGUAGAUACAUUGAGUGUGGAUUGAAGCCGAUGGCACUCUUCUGUAUUCACACACGCACACUCAUUUCUAGCUAUUGGCAAGAUGGCUCAGCUGGCUCUGUUUUCUUCACGACACUGUUUCCAUGUUUGGAAUAACCAAAGACCUGGUAUGUUGAGGGAGUCAAGCUCUUUUUACUGAAUUCACACGCACACAAUGACUCGUUUUCUGAUCAGCACGUCAUUUUAUUCAAAGUUUUCAUCAAAGUAUUCAGGAGCAGUUUUCCCAAACUAAUAUCAAGUCAUGUUUAACUCUCACAACUCCAUCUGCUGAAUGACAGAUUAGGCUGCCUUGUUCUUGAUCUGUGUUUGGGGGGGAAAGCAGUCCUCAGAUUCCAGUCAGCAUUCACAAGUAUCCAGUAUCUCCUUUGUUUAGACUUUUCACGGGUGUUUUUGCACCCGCCUAUGUUCUACACUCUCUUGUCCAACUCAGCAUCGUGACUUUUUACUUCAUAAAACAUGUAUUAUCUGAUCCUCAGUAAUAACCGUGUGAGGAGGGUUCACUGCUCUGCAAAAAAAAAGCUGCACGCCGUCCCUCUUUCACUAUUGUAAUCUGUAAAGCUGUUAAACUAAAAAGUUGAACGGGUAUAGGCUACGGCCAUUAUGAUGUCCAUGCUACAUAAACACAACAAAGAAAAAGGGAAGAAAGAAACCCAGUAUGUACAAUAUCUUCUAUACAUGCAUAAUGUAAGUUGGGGGCUGCCUCUUUUGUUAAACAAACUAAGAAAAUAAAUACAAAAGAAAUUAACUUGAACACAGAGGUGGAUCUUCAAUACAUAAAAUGACCGUUGACAGGAUGUACAUAGCUUUUUAAAACUAGUCACAUAAAAGGUCCAAUACACUCAAUAUAUGUGACGUAUUCCUCAGCCUGCAUCAAAUGCUUCAAAGAGGAAACAAGGGCGCGUUCUGUAAAUGAAGUUGCUAGCUUGUAGACUAAAUCUGUGUUUGCAUAUACAGUCACUUGAGUUCACAAUCAGACCAGCUGAUCUAUAAGAUUGAGGCUUUCUGUAGUUACAGAAUACUACAAAAACAUUGUUGUUGGCAGUUGUCAGAAGGACAUUUCAGCUGAAGAUAAAACGUAGACUGGCAUCUGGGAGUCUUGUUGGCAGACAGCAGGCGGGCGGGUCCGGAUGAAAGGGGAGGAGGACUGUUCAGGAUUCAGGUCCUCCCGUAGAUUUAAUUCCUUGUAUGUCCAGCAGAGGGCAGUCUCGUCACAGCCACACUAUGCAAAGAUUUCCCAUGAUUCCAGUCAUUGGCUUUAGUCCUCAUUUGUUUUCAUCUGGCUUAGUAAAAGUUUUGCACGCAGUCUCACCCAAAACGACCAUCAGGGUCUGUGUCGGAUGAAGAAACCAAGAGCCGAGGUGCAGACGUUCUUCAGGUGGAAAUGAGCUAGAAAAACUCCAACCUAUGUCUGCUGCUCGUCCUCCAGACCUGAAAGAACAAACGAGAGGGCUUCAUGCCCCCCGCCUGUGACCAAACGCACACAUACACCCGCGAGCACUCUGCUGGUCACAGACACGGUGGCGAUGCAGGUGUGGUUGAAGGCGGGCGCUCAUCAUUUCUUAUUGGCUAUCCUCCGCUUCCUGGUGGCCAGCAUGUCGUAGAAAGGAUCCUUGCUGAUGCUUGCUCUGCAAAAAGAGAGAGAGAGAGGAAAGAACGGAUCACUGAUCCACUGUUUCACACUGUGAAAUCUGUUUCUAUAGAGCGGAGUAAAACACUGUUACACAUGAUGAAGUCGGGAUGUUAUGAACAUUUGAGGAGUAUUCUGGGAUGAGGUCCAGUAGUUUCUCAUUGUACUAACUUGUCCUUGAUCUGUUUUGUAUCCAUCAGUCACUGCAUCUUAACCAAAGCACAUCCCGUCUAGUGUUUGUAUUUCUUUCUGGUGAAUCUAGAGAGAAACCUGUUCGCUUUAAUUCUGAGUGAUCAACAGCAAACCUUCACAUGUACAGUGAUACAGUUACACCUCACGCUCUUCCAUCAA